AUGUCCGACCCUACGCCUGUUCAGCAAUGGGCCCCUCCAAAGAACCCUCUUCCGCCUCACCGACUUGCGCGACUAGCCAAUGCCCUUGGUGUCUCAACUCCCCUUCCCGCCAUCCAUGCCCCGCCACCCAUACUGUCUCCUUCAUACAACGGUUCAAAUACCACAUUGGACCAAUACCGACGAUCUCCAACGCCAUCUACCGCCACUUCCUUUGCAUUUGCGUCGUCAUCCAAGUACCUCCUCCAUGUAAUUCCGCCAGUCAACUUACCUCACGAUUCGGACGCGUUCGACUCGGAUUUGACACCACCACCCUCCACCGCAUCUGGCUACCACACCCAUUUCAGGCGUGGAACUCUCGUCCCCUUCCAUCCAACUCUACAGUCGCAACUCGGGGCCAUUGCAAAGGAGUAUGCACUCCCAAGCACAACCGGACUCGUUCUUUACCUCGUCUCCCAAUCCUCAGAGAAACCGAAACAAUAUCCAGAAGAGGACGAGCCCCCAGGUCCUAGACUGUCCGAAGAGGUUUGGAGGCACCUGUGGGCUCGGGUGGCGAAGUCAGAGAGUCGUGAUGAAGGUCUUGCACCACCUUUACUUGGACUUGGUUUGGGUGUUGCUGGCCGCUCGAGCCCCUAUCUACACCAGUCCAGCGCGUACCCAUUGCCAUUAAUUUCCACAAACGGUACUGUUGGAUCAUCAGCCCUUCAUCCCCAACCUACCUACCCAUUCACUCCAUCCCCAACCACCCCGUCUUCCACUUCCGACAUUCCUCGUUUCAAUACGAAGUCCGCACCCCCGUCUUCGUCCUCGCGCUCCAUAUCCGAUGCGGAUGGCGAUGGCGAAGCUGAAACACCAGCAACUUCUCGAGCCGAUUCGCUUGAUUUACCAGGUCUUGGCAACGAUUCACUCAUCCCCAUCCUUGCCAAAGUCGAGUUUGACAUCGAUCGACGACGUGCUGGCUGGUAUGACCCAUGGGUGCGCAGCAGGCGGAUGAACCAUGCUAAACGAGCAAGGACAACAAGCGAAACUGGAGCAGGAAGUAGCGCAGAUGAUGCUGAACGGAGAACGGCCCCAUUGCCGUUUAAGCUCAAGGGCAAACGAAACAGUAUUCCUGACUCGCUCGCUGCGGCCAGAGCUCGUUAUCUACCUUUUUCCGAAUCUCCUCAAUCCAUGAAUGAAUCCGAUUCCGAUGCUGACGAUGAGGACACAGAUGCCAGAGGUGGCCCUCGGCCUCAUAAUCCGCAUCUUGAGGGGGAGCAUUCCGAUGAUUCUGAAUUUGUCGAAAUGAUUGGGCGGCCAAAUCUUGGCGUGGAUAUUCCUGCAAUGUCAAACCGGUCAUCUCCUUCCCGACGACGCGGUCCUCCAACACCACUUAUUCUACAUAGGCCUCCAAGCGACGCAACUCCCGUUGCUCGUAUUCCGUCUCUUGCUCCCGAUUCCGACAGCGACGGGGCAACUCCGCCUACGGACGAAGAAGGCCGAACAAUUUUACCCUAUCUUGAUUCUGAACAUGAUCCGUCAUCAGAAGAGCGGUCCCGAAAGGCACCAGAUAGGCGCGAGGGAGGAUUUUAUGACGAUAUGGACAUUGGGUUUUCUUCAGACGAUCUUGACAACGACGAUCCUAAUGAUAGACGUAAGAGUCAGUUCAUUAUGCGUGCCCAGCUGGACGAGAUCGAGAAGAACUUGGCACAAUUUUCUCCGAGGCAGCUCAAAACAGAGCUCCUAGAAGACAGUCAGAAGCUUACGCUGGCUCAAAUCGCUACUUCACCUACACUUUCACCGCCAAGAUUCUCUCCGCAAUCCGCAAUCUCACCAUCCGAAGUAUUCCGUGCCCUUUCCAACGCGGAUGUCUUUCCUCCGACACCCCGCCUGCCGGAAGAUCCCGAUAAGCCAAAGGAAUCGGACUCAGAAGAAGACCUCUCCCAUCAGGCUGCUUGGCCAGCAGUACCCUUCAGCUCUCUUGUGGAGCGACCACCAACAAAUGAACAAUCUCCUCCACAGCUUGCUGUCAACGGCGUCAGUGCAUCAGUCCCCAAGCGGUUUCGUGCGGGCACCAAUUCCAGUGGGACCACGAAUGCGCCUAGCGAAACAGAAGUGAGGAAACGGGAGCUUGCUGAAGAGCAGCCCUCAACAGCAUAUCCUGCCAUGACUCCAUCGAUUGGAAACAAGAGUUCAUUAAAUUCACCAUUAAUACCGCUUUCGCCUGAUCCCUUCGGACGUUCUUCUUCGAGUGCGACGGCUCCUCCUGGCUCGCGAACAUCUGGUGCAUACUGGGAAUCACCAGUAGUUAUCCCCGCAUCGCCUGAGCCGCCGGUCAAUGUGAAACGCAAAUCGUCGGAAAAGUCUGUAUCGGACAAGAGUUCAAGUCGAUUCUCAACAGACUCCAUUAAUGGUGUUGCCAACAGCGAUGCAUCAUCCCUAGCUGCAAAGCAGUCAAACCGAACGACCAUUAUGAGCGUUAAGGGCAUCAAAAAUCUGUGGCGAAAAAGCCAGAAGAACUCGGUUUCGAUACCGAAAGACCGGUCAAUACCCGCAGUUCCAGAGAAUCCAUUUUCUCCGUUGGCGCCUCCUUCCAGGCCCAAUCGACCAUCAAUGGAGGAGAUGCAGUUCCCUGAUGUCGAUGUACCAGUUCCAAGGACACCAUUGACUCCUAGCUUUGGUCAGCAGCAACCACCGCCUUCUCCACGAAUAUCACCUCGGCCUUCGCCACGCCCUUCUAUGGAUCAGCCUCCAUUACCAACUCGUCGUCCAUCGCAAACAUUGGAUCAAAUAGCGCCGAUUUCACGAACACCGCCUCCUCAGGCUGCCGUUGUCCCACCGCAACUGGUUCCCCCACAACGAAGACCAUCUCAGGAUGAGCUUCGAAUGCAACAUAUAGGACAACCACCCCCACAACUAAUGCCCCCACGAGCCCCAACACAUCCAGCGCUGAGCAAUAUGGGGAUGAAUCGCCCGCCACCGAUGCUUCAGUCAGCCAAUAGUGCUCCGAUUGUUGCAGCGAAAGCAGGCCCGCCUAGGCGGCCAUUUGGCGACGAGUUGCACUGGGAUCAAGAAUCACCAUAUCCCACAAGGAUGACACCAAUGCGUGCCCCCUCUGUGACGUCUUCAGUGCCGUCAAGACCGCCAUCAGCAGCAUCGACUCAUCCCUCAAGUUCUCCUUCUCCGGCACCCACUGCUACGACUCCCCCACCAAUGCCAGCAAGCCCUCCACCGCCACCAGGGUCAGAAAAGGACAAAGCUCGCAAGUCAAUAUUGAAAUUGAAGCCUGCCACGAACGGAGCAGCCGUGCCUGCUCCUUUAACUCCAUCAGCAUCGACAUUCCGUGCCAGUCUUGCGGGACGGAGACCAAGUUGGUCGCAAACUUCUUCUUCUCCGCCAACCCAAAACUCCCCGUUGGUUUUCCCGCCGGAUAUUCCGCCAAGCCCGAAACUGCCCGAGCAGUUCGUUAAACUGGCUGGAGCGAGUCAACCGUCACAGCAACAGCAAUCCUCUAGGACACGGCCAAACUCGGCGGCGAUUAUGCGGAGACGACUGAGUGCGAAGAUGAGCACGGACUCGACGAGGCGACAUCGUACUCAGGGGUCAACUGUGUCUAUUGCACAAUCGCACACGUCAGAAGACACACACGAAAGCACGAGUUUGGAUACCUCGGGCUUCGAGAUCGUGUCUCCCAAGAUGGGCGGGGCUCUCAACUUUCCAUAUACGGAGCAUAUUUCGUGA